CAGUAGGCCAGGUUAACUAUUGGACCUGAUGAUCUUGAAGUCUCUUCCAACCUAGAUCAUUCUAUAAUUUUGUGGUGUUAAGGCUCUGCAACCAACCCCUCCUGCUCCAGACCCUGCAUCAAAACCCUGUGCCUGGGAGCAGCUGCCGAAGGCCAAGCAGCAUGGACAGGCUGAAAUGGGCAUUUCUUCUAUGGUCACUGGUGCACAGCAGUGGAUAGGCCACGACGGCCACAUUGCUCAAUUUCUUGAUGUUUUAUGUCUUCGGCCCUGGCCUUCAUAGCUGAGAUUUUGCUGGGUGUCUGUGUGAGCGUGUUAAUAAGAAGUAAACACCCCACAUAAUGGGAAGGGGAAAUGACUCAUGUGAACUCCAGGUUAAAAAAGCAAAAAAGAGGAAGACAAAUAGCUUGGAAAAAUCUCAUUAUUUUAGGCCACUUUUGUUACCUUGGCCUCUCUAGUCUCCUUCUGGGAUAAUGGAGGUGGUGGCCCUGCAAUGUGGCUGCCCAUGACUGUCCGGGGAUACGUCUCCCUCCGUGGGACAUCUCCCAGCCCUAACAAUUGCAGGUAGCUGGCACGUCCCAUCUCGCUCUGCCACCUGCCAUUGUGAUUUCUGCUGUGGCCAGCUCAUGCGGGUGGGGGAACAAGCCGACUUUACUGUGUAAACAAAGGGGAUGAGAGAUGCUGCCCAGCAGGAUGGGCACAGAUCACCCUUGUUGCCCUUGGAUGUAAACCAGUGCCACCCACCACCGCCCAAGGACUUGCCCUGAAUGGUGUGUCCCUGCUUGUGCUCAAAACGCCCCAGGGCUGCCCACAUCUCCUGAAAACCUCCUGUGUGGCCCCCACCAGGUACAGAGCAAUACGUGGGCACGCCUGUGACAUUCACAGCUGUCUUCACCUACCAGUGUGAAGGAGGGAGGGAAGAGCAGGAAGGAGGGGAGGGAAGGAGGAAGAGAGAGAGGGAGGGAAGGAGGCUGCAUUUGGCAGCCGACCGUCACUGCAGGAGAGGGUCACGAUGUCCUCGGCAACUUCCACCAGCUCUUUGCCCAGCGGCCUGGCCGUCCUGACGACUUUCCCAGAUGUGCUCUUCAUUCCUGAAUUGAUCUUUGGGGGCCUUGUCUGGAUCCUCGUUGCCUCCUCAAAGGUCUCAGAGCCCAUGCUGCAGGGCUGGGUGAUGUUUGUCUCUGUGUUCUGCUUUGUCAUGACCGCCACCCUCCUGUUCCUCUACAUGUGUGGGGCGCACGGGGGCAGCAGCUCCUGGGUCACUUUGGAUGUCAUCUGCCAGGAGACAGCAGCACUGUUCUACCUCAGUGCUGCUGUGUUGGAAGCCUACUACACCUAUGCAAUAAAGGGUUUCUUUGCCAUCCCUCAGGGGAGGUCCAUCUACCAGGAGAACGUUGCUGCUGUGGUAUUUGCAUUCGUAGCUACCCUGUUGUACGUGAUCCAUAAGAUAUACUCUCUCCGCCGAUGGAAAUCAUCCUAAGUGUCUUUCCUUGCACGUUGUGUCUUGUGGUCAUCCCAUGAACACAAAAGUUGUCCAACGACUGCAGUUUCCAGGCUGGGUUUGGGGUUUGUUUUUUAAUAUAUGUACUAUAAACAAGCAGCUUUCUGUGGGACUGUGGCAAUGAAGACCAAGAGCCUGCCAGAGAAACCUGUAUCCUGGUGCAAUCUAUUUUCUUCAUUCUCUUCCAGGUUGGGUACAGCUUGAUGUUGGUAAUUGGGGCCCAAGUAGAAAACAUCCAGCUCAAAGCAGCUUCCCCUCAACUACACCCUUAUGCCUCCAGGGUUGUUAUUGCUAUUGGGGGAAGCCUGAACGUCCAGCACUAAGCAGUAUGAGUAUGAAACCUGGCCAUUUUCACUGACAUCCACCUGUGUAAGCCUAUUUCCCUCCCUGACGCUGCUGUGCCAAAAGAAUUUUCUGUGCCAUUUCUGGAAAUGCCACCUCUGACUUGUGAUGUGGAAUGAGUGCAACUUGUCUCAGAGGCAAUAUGAAUUCUUGCAACCCCCGAAGGGUACUGUCAAAUUAUGAGGCACAGCAGUAACCCGAGAAACUACCCCUGUCAUGAAUCUCCCCAUGAAACACAACUUAGAAAAUGUGCUGUACAGACUGCAGCAGAAUUAUAUGGAUAAUUAGAAGAAUGUCUCAGAUAAGCAGAGGCAAUCAGCUCUUGUCUUUAGUGCAUGACUGUUCUCACAUACACUGGCACUGUGUCGCUAAUAAAGAUGGGUUUCCUGUGAUUUUGCAACUAGACAAA